UAAAAGAUGAUUUUGUCUUAUUUAUUUUAUAGCACUUGCCUAGUUGUGUGCUUGGUGCUUGCCUACUAUGCAGUAUAUAAUAUUCUAAAGAUUAGGUUACAUUAUUAAAUAGAGAAUGAAUAUAGAUCAAACAGUUUCAUAUAUAAAGGGUUCCAUCAUAGUGGUUUAGUUUGAAAGAGUUUGAAGAUUAAGAAAGGGAUUAAUGGAGGAAGUGUUGAAGAACAAUGAAGAAGUUGGUCCAAGAGAAAAAUACUGUGUGACAGGUUCCACAGGGUAUAUUGGUUCAUGGCUAGUGGAAGCUCUUCUUCAAAGGGGUUGCACAGUUCAUGCCACUGUCAGAGAUCCUGCAAAGUCAUUGCAUCUUCUGUCUCUGUGGAAGGGUGGUGACCAAUUGAGAUUUUUCAAAGCGGAUUUGAAUGAAGAAGGAAGCUUCGAUGAGGCUGUAAAAGGGUGUGUUGGUGUGUUCCAUGUUGCUGCCUCAAUGGAAUUCAAUGUUAGUGACAAAGAAAACAAUGAGUUUUAUGUUCAAGAAAACAUAAUUGACCCUGCUAUCAAAGGAACCAUAAACCUUCUCAAGUCUUGUUUGAAAUCCAAUUCCGUGAAAAGGGUUGUCUUCACAUCUUCCAUCAGUACCAUCACUGCCAGAGAAAGCAAUGGAAAUUGGAAAACUAUGGUGGAUGAAACUUGCCAAAUCCAACCAGAAAAUGUGUUGAAUACACAAGCAAGUGGAUGGGUUUAUGCACUUUCAAAGCUUCUCACUGAAGAUGCAGCAUUUCAAUUUGCAAAAGAUAAUGGCAUUGAUCUUGUGUCAAUAAUCACAAGCACUGUUGCAGGCCCAUUCUUCACUACUAAUGUACCAAAAAGUGUUAAAGUUCUGUUGUCUCCUUUAACAGGUGAAACUGAGUACUUCAAGAUAUUAUCUGCUGUAAAUGCAAGAAUGGGGUCAAUUGCUUUAGUUCACAUUGAAGAUAUAUGCAGGGCUCACAUGUUCCUAAUGGAGCAUGCCAAAGCAGAAGGAAGAUACAUAUGCAGCAGCCAAAGUUGUACAUUGUCUAACUUAACCACUCUUCUUUCAAAAGUGUAUUCAUGUUCAAACAUCUGCAUGAAGACUGAAAAAAUUUAUGACAAAGUUCUCUCUGAGAUCUCAUCAAAGAAGCUAGAAGACUUGGGGUUUAGUUACAAGCAUGGCCUUGAAGAUAUAAUUUAUCAAACAGUUACGUGCUGCUUAGACUACAGUUAUUUACCUCCUGUUUAGGUUGCAGUUUUUUUCAUACCAUUAAACAUGAUUUGAAAAUUGAGCUUUUUGUGUUUGUCACACAAAUAGAUUAUGUAUUCCUCUUCCAAACCAACAACUUCCUUGAAUUUUGGGUAUGUUAUUUUCUCUUACCAUAAUGGCUACAA